CGAUUUACUUCCUGUAGCCCUUGUCCGUCCGCCCUGAAAAAGAGUGCCACGCGUCCUCCCGCGGGCGUAGCGCCCCAACGUCGGCCUUGAGCGCGAGCCCAGGGCUGACGGCAACGGAACGGCGAGCAGCGCGGUGGUGUGGGCGGAGGGCCGGGUCCGUUGGGACCGGCGUCCUGGCGCGAAGUCCCGACGCGGAGGAAUCCGCGGGGGUAACUGCUGGACGUGGAGAAGAAGCGUGUUAGUGCGUCGGGAACGACACUGCUGCCGGCCCCGGACAAGAUGACGGGACGAGCCCGAGCGAGAGCCCGCGGACGCGCCCGCGGCCAGGAGACGGCGCAGCACGCGGGCCUGACGAGCCAGCACCUCGCGUGCCCGCAGCCCAGACGUCAGCCGCCGCCAGCGGAGGGGGACUUGAGCCGAGGCCGCCACAGAGGAGCGGGGGGAAACGCAGCCCAGGCAGCAGAAUUCCAGUUGUCUGCUGGGUUUCAGGAGUUAUCAUUAGCAGAGAGAGGCGGCCGUCGUAGAGACUUUCAUGAUCUUGGUGUAAAUACAAGACAGAACCUAGACCAUGUUAAAGAAUCAAAAACAGGUUCUUCAGGUAUUAUAGUAAGGCUAAGCACUAACCAUUUACGAUUGACAUCCCGUCCCCAAUGGGCCUUAUAUCAGUAUCACAUUGAAUAUAACCCAUUGAUGGAGGCCAGAAGACUCCGUUCAGCUCUGCUUUUCCAACAUGAAGAUAUAAUUGGAAGGUGUCAUGCUUUUGACGGAACAAUAUUAUUUUUACCUAAACGACUACAGCAAAAGGUUACGGAAGUUUUUAGUCAGACCCGAAAUGGAGAGCAUGUGAGGAUAACAAUAACCUUAACAAAUGAACUCCCUCCUACAUCACCAACCUGUUUGCAGUUCUAUAAUAUUAUUUUCAGGAGGCUUUUGAAGAUCAUGAAUUUGCAGCAAAUUGGACGGAAUUAUUAUAACCCAAGUGACCCAAUCGAUAUUCCAAAUCAUAGGUUGGUGAUCUGGCCUGGCUUUACCACUUCUAUUCUUCAGUAUGAAAAUAACAUCAUGCUUUGCACUGAUGUCAGUCAUAAAGUCCUUCGAAGUGAAACCGUUUUAGAUUUCAUGUUCAGCUUAUACCAUCAAACUGAAGAACAUAAAUUUCAAGAACGAGUUUCUAAAGAACUGAUAGGUUUAAUUGUUCUUACCAAGUAUAAUAAUAAGACAUACAGAGUGGAUGAUAUUGACUGGGACCAGAACCCAAAGAGUACCUUUAAGAAAGCAGACGGCUCUGAAGUCAGCUUCUUGGAGUACUACCAGAAGCAAUAUAACCAAGAAAUCACCGACUUGAAACAACCUGUUUUGGUCAGUCAACCUAAGAGAAGGAGAGGCCCUGGGGGCACUUUACCAGGCCCUGCAAUGCUCAUUCCCGAGCUCUGCUAUCUUACAGGUCUCACUGAUAAAAUGCGUAAUGAUUUUAAUGUCAUGAAAGACUUGGCUGUUCAUACAAGACUAAGUCCAGAGCAGAGACAGCAGGAAGUUGGGAGGCUCAUUGAUUACAUUCAUAAAGAUGAUAAUGUUCAGAGAGAACUUCGAGACUGGGGCUUGAGCUUUGACUCCAACUUACUGUCGUUCUCAGGAAGAAUUUUGCAAGCAGAAAAGAUUCACCAAGGUGGAAAAACAUUUGAUUACAAUCCACAGUUUGCAGAUUGGUCGAAAGAAACAAGAAGUGCACCAUUAAUUGGUGUUAAGCCACUAGAUAACUGGCUAUUGAUCUAUACUCGAAGAAAUUAUGAAGCAGCCAAUUCAUUGAUACAAAAUCUAUUUAAAGUUACACCAGCCAUGGGCAUACAAAUGAAAAAAGCAAUAAUGAUUGAAGUGGAUGAUAGAACGGAAGCCUAUUUAAGAGUCUUACAGCAGAAAGUUACAUCAGAUACUCAGAUAGUUGUCUGUCUGUUGUCCGGUAAUCGGAAGGACAAAUAUGAUGCUAUUAAAAAGUACUUGUGUACAGAUUGCCCUACUCCAAGUCAGUGUGUGGUGGCCCGAACCUUAGGCAAACAACAGACUGUCAUGGCCAUUGCUACAAAGAUUGCCCUGCAGAUGAAUUGCAAAAUGGGAGGAGAACUUUGGAGGGUUGAUAUGCCUCUAAAGCUAGCGAUGAUAGUUGGCAUUGAUUGUUACCAUGACACCACAGCUGGACGGAGGUCAAUUGCAGGAUUUGUUGCGAGUAUCAAUGAAGGGAUGACCCGCUGGUUCUCUCGCUGUGUGUUUCAAGACAAAGGACAAGAGCUAGUAGAUGGGCUCAAAGUCUGCUUGCAAGCGGCCCUGAGGGCUUGGAAUAGCUGCAAUGAAUACAUGCCUAGUCGGAUUAUUGUGUAUCGGGAUGGUGUAGGAGAUGGUCAGCUUAAAACACUGGUUAACUAUGAAGUGCCUCAGUUUUUGGAUUGCCUAAAAUCUAUUGGUAGAGGUUACAACCCAAGGCUGACGGUAAUUGUGGUGAAGAAACGCGUGAACGCCAGGUUCUUCACUCAGUCUGGAGGGAGAAUUCAGAAUCCACUUCCUGGGACAGUUAUUGAUGUGGAAGUCACCAGACCAGAGUGGUAUGAUUUUUUUAUCGUGAGCCAGGCAGUGAGAAGUGGUAGUGUCUCUCCCACACACUAUAAUGUCAUCUAUGACAGCAGUGGCUUGAAACCAGACCACAUACAGAGGUUAACUUACAAGCUCUGUCAUAUCUAUUAUAACUGGCCAGGUGUUAUUCGUGUACCUGCUCCUUGCCAGUAUGCCCACAAACUCGCUUUCCUCGUCGGCCAGAGCAUUCACAGGGAGCCAAACCUGUCCCUGUCCAAUCGCCUUUACUACCUCUGACAGAAGAAGACAAGAUGUAGCCGGGUUUUUCUUCUUGAUGUUCUAACGUUGGGAUUUUUUUAAGCUUCUGUUUUUUAACUGCUGCCAUUCCAGACAAAACUUAUUAGGGUAUUAGGAGCUCUGGAGUCUUUAUUUCUAGUAUUUGCUGCUAACAGACUUAUAGGUAAAAUUAAGACUUUACAUUUUAUCUGGUUUGCUUCUCAAAUGUGUCACAAGGAUUUUUGUUUUGGAAAAAUGUGGAUAAGGUACUUUGUAUUAUAAACAGACUCUGUUUUUAAACUAUUUGAAAAAUGUAUAUUGCGUGUACUUUGAGGAGUGAGCAAGUCCUACUUGUAAACCUAUACUAACCUUAUUUUUGAAGUGCUUAUUUUGAAUUUAAAGGAGAGAAAGGCAUAAAAUGGGAAGCUCACUAAAAUCAUUUUAUUUCAGUAUCUGACAUCCUAUAUUUUAAGAGUAAAAGCUCCCAUUAAAAAAUGACCUCUACAAGGUGUGGGACAGGUGUGAGAUUCUGGAGAAAUAUGCUUAUUUUUUAUUUCAUUUUGGGGCUAGGUGGUCUGUGACAGCUAAAAAAAGAUAGUUGUGAAAAAUGAUAUGGGUAUAUGGGAACUCUUUAUUAUCUUUUCAACUUUAAUGUUAUUCCAAAAAUAAAGUUCUUUAAAAUUUCAAAAAAAAAAAGUUGAAAAAUUUUAAAUUUUGGUCUAAAGAAACAUUUUAAGACUCUUUAACAAAACAGACCAGUAGUCUAUAUUUAUAUUACACUAUUUAUUUUGUUUUGCAACUGGGACAUUCUCCAAUUCGUUAUAAAAUAAAACUGAAGUGAUUGUCACCAUACUUGAAAAACAGUGUAGUUUUUUUUACUUAAAGUAUAUGCAUUUUCUUUCCAUUUAAUGUGUUUUUUAAACUACUGAAGAGUAUAGUCAAAGGAUAUGAUUCCAUUUAUAAAAGCUAAAUUAGUGGCACUUACAAACUUCACUGUCAGAGUCAAAUUCUGUUAGGAAUUGCUGAUAUCUGCAAUAUUAGUAAUAUUAGAAUGGAUAUCCAUAGCUUGUAAGGAAAUAAAACUAAGAAGAAUGUGUUAUGUGAUUUUGAUAAUUGUAAUUAUUCACAUCUACACAUUUGUAGGAAUUUUCAGGGAAUUUUGCAAAGAGCAGGCUUGAAGUUAACAAGUAAGUGUGUGAUGAGCUCAACAUUGCUUGCAUAUAAAUGUAAUGAAUGUAAGCAUUAAGCAUGGUACAUGAGCCACUGGACUAUACACUGAAGGGGCUGAGUCAAGUUACUGUCUUACCAUUAUUGUAUGUGGUCUUAUCAAAUAAAUGCUGUUUGGAAUUAGCCUUAUUAGUACUAUGAGUGAAAACCUUCUUAGUUAUGCAAGCUAGAAAUUGCUAACAUUGUUUUUGGCUGUUAGCCCAGUGCUUGCCUUAACCUGCUUGAGAUCUGACCAUAGGAAGAUAAGAAACAGGACUGAAGUUUCAGAAGAGUGCCAAAGACAAAAAAAUGAUGAUAAAAGUGGAUAAAGGUUGUGACAGUAUUAAGGGGCAUAAGGAAGUCCAAUCAUAUAGCUGUAAAAGAUUGACUUGGAGCAUUAAUUUUUUAUUUAUGGAUUUUUUUUUUUUAGCUGUAAGUAACCAUUUUUUUUUGCUCAAAGUUAUGGGUCUUCAUGGAAUUUUAUGGUAAGUCAGUAACUUAAGUCAUUAAAGUCUCAUUCUUAGGCUUUAAACUAAACACUGAAAGGCUUUAAUGUCUUUCAAAGCAUGAAAAAUUGGUACAUGUGGUAAUUCUGGAAAAGUUUCAGUAGUCAAGAGACUCACUAUAUCAUAAAGACUUUGUUACAAGGGACAAAAAACUGCUCAAAUUAGUUAAGCCUAAAGAGGCAUUGAUUGGCUUUCUCAUUCAUACUUGGCAGUGGUUCCCAAAUUGGAUGUGUCAAACAUGACCUUGUGUGCUUUGAAUAGAUGCCACAGACUGCCAGGCUCCACACCAGACCUAAGAACUAGAACUUCUAGGGGAGUGGCUGGUUGAGCUGUUAAACGCAUUCCAGAUGGUUUGUCUGGGAAUUCUGGUAAAUGCUGGUUGAGAAGGUGCAGAGCCCAGAUGAGAGUGAUACUGGGAACCUUCUCUGUGGGUUCUGCUUCCCUGUGUUCUGGUUUUAAUAAAAUAGACUUCCUUCAGGGGUGACAGCACUAAAUCUAGGCCUGUGUCUCAGCCCCACUCCAUGAAAGAAGUGCCGCCUCCACAUCAGUUGUAGCAGAACCCAGGCUGUCCACACACCCUGAACCAGAAGACACACAUGACCCUCCUCAGCUAAGCCUGGCUCCGGGGCCGCACACUUACUGCUUGCUAAAGGUGGUCUGCGUACAGAAGGGGCAGGCCAUUCCACCUGUCCCUAGAGAGACAGGUACAGUGAGUACCUCAAACAACAAAGCAAAAAUGGGCUGACAUCCAGGUCUCUUCCUUAAAAUGAAAAAACAUGCACACUUAAGGCUCUAGCAUUAAAGACGGUGGUGAGGCUGCCCCUUCUGUGCCAGAGUGUAGUUCUUGAGCUGACCAGAGGUUUGGACGGUGACUUCUCAAAAGUUCAUUGCAACAAGAAAUCUGCCUAUUUUUUGCUGAGGACAGUGCUUUUUCCCCCUUAAAAAAAUCCAAAAAUGUGGCCCUCAUUGAAGCUUUCUAUUUAAUAGCUUUACAUGAUACUCCUUAGAGCUCAUAGAAAUUUUGUGUCACUUGGCAUUUCUGUUCACAAGAAGUGUCUCUUUCUGUCCUCUGUGUCAGAAAGUCUGUUUCAACAGUUUCAACCGGAUGUGAUAAGAUUUUUAAGAUUUGAUUCAAGUUUUUGUGAUUGGUAUUGUCAUUCAGAUUCAAUAUUUCAGGGGGCUAGGCUUAGUUCUGUUUGUAUUCAUUAUUCCAAACCAAUUAAGUUGCUAAAAAGUCCAGGGAAAAAAUAGAGAAAAUAUAAAUUUUUCAAUGGAUGGAGUGAGUGGAGAGUUCAUGUGCUUUGUAGUGAGAUGCACCCCCCACAAGUCACCUUGGUUAAUGGGUGCCUGUGCUGCCAUCAGCAGGUCAGCAGGGGACCCUCCAAGGAGCCCCUUAGGACACCUCUAUGACAUCAUCUACUCUUAAAAGCCUUUUGCCUAUCCAUCAAGGUCGCAUAUCAGUAGGCCCUUGAUUGACAAGCUCAUUUCCCUUCUUGCUUUCUUCUGGGACACUUCUGCCUUUGAUGGCACUCAUUCCCCUCACCUCUAGACCACCUGGGUCUGCGGGUGGGCAGGUGUCUUCUUGCUCCUCACUGAUGCUUUCAGACCCCUGCAGAUACCCCAGACACACUCAGUUUGGGCCUCCUUCCAUCAGACUUAUCACCCACUUCUCUCUUUUGCGGGCAUUUCACUCCCCUGGGGUCAGACUCCCUGCAGGAGACACAGCUCCUGGCUUGCUCACAUUGCCCAGUGUACUGUGUUCUAGCUCCUGGUUAAAACACCAAUGAAAUCCAACAUUUUGCCUGCUUGUCUGCUCCCAUGCAGAUGAACAUGGCAGGAGACAGAACACAACCACGCCUCACUGCCCUACCUCACUCGGGACCCGCAGCACCUUUGUGCCAUUCAGCAUGCCACCUGCCUAGUCUCAUGCCUCCUCCUGCACUGUAACCCUCCAGCACUGCCUGCACCCUCACUCCAGCUGCCACCCUUGCCCUCUGCCUGGCUGGUUUUCACACAAGCCCCCAUAGAAGCUGGCAGGCUGUGGCUGCACGCAUAUUCCUCUAUCUUUUGUUACUCUGCUGCUGGCUGAAGCUGACCCCACCCACGUGUGCACAGAUACCCGUUUACUCAAGGACGUUGCUCAGAACCACAAUUCUCCUUGUUCCUUGUUCUUUCCCAGCCACCUACAAAUCUGGUUGUUCUUUGCAUCCUAAAAAGAAGCCUUUGGGGCCCCCAUUGUCCCCUGUAGCUGGUUUCUCUCCCCCACUUAAAGCAAAACUACAUUGCCUUCUUCCCCUUCUCUCUCAACCCAGCAUUCUUACCAAGUGCUCCACAUUCUCCAUGUUGCAGGCUGGUCCACUCCCAGCCCUCAUCCAUAAGCCUGCUAGCGUGCCGACACUGAUGCCUCCUCUCCUUGCCACUCUCUCUCUGCCUGGCUUCUGUGGUGCUCCCACCCACUGUUCCUCUCAGUCUCCCUGACCUCUAGUGGUGGAGUGCCUCCAGGCUAGUGUCCCUCUUCUUUCUAAUCUUCCUCCCUUAGUAAUUCCCUUCAGUCUCGGCUCAUUUCCAUGAAAAUGCUUCCCAGAUUUACAUCUCCAGCCUUAUCUCCUCCCUGGACUUCACACUCAGGAAAUAAUUGUCUCCUAAAGGAACAAUCAAGCAAGUGUCUAAUACAAUGGUUCUCAAACUUUUUGGUCUUGGAAUUUCCUCAUCCUCUUAAAUUGCAGAGGACCUAAGGGGAUUUUUUUUCAUGUGGGUUAUAUUUGUUGAUAAUUGUCAUUAUAAAUUAAUAUUUUAAAAACAAAAUACAGAAGCCUGCAUUCCUUUAACUUAAAAUGAUGCCAUCAUCACAUCAUGUAGCCUCUAGGAAAUACUGCACACUCAUGAGAAUUAGAAAGGCAGGUGACCACGGAAUCCUGAAAGUCUCAGAGAACUUUAGGGCACCCAGGCCACACUUUGAGAACCCGUGGUUGAAUAAGUAGAUUUCUCAAGCCUAAUAUGCCCAAAGCUAAACUGACUUUCCAAAGAUCUCCAGUUAAUUGAAACUCAGUUUUUCUGGAUGUUCAGGCCAGAACUUCACUAUCUUCCUUGAGUCGUCUCUUUUUCAUGUCACACUAUGGAUUCCUCAGUACAUCUUACAAGCUUCACCUUCAAAAUAUGAGUACCCAGACACGUCUGCCCUGUUCCAAGCCACCACUGUCUCUGGCCUGCUGCAGCGACUGCCUCCACUGCUCUUCUGUAUUUGCCUUCGCACUCACUUAGAGCUGUAUUCAACAAGCAGGCCAGAGUGAUUAAGUUGCACAUCUCAACAUCCUGCAGUGGGUUCCCAUCUCAGGAAAAUAAGGUCAUUGCAAGGGUCAGGCCUGUGACCUGCUACCUCUUCACAGAGCGCUCUGUGCCCUCCUGUCUGAGGUGCUUCCUCCGCCUGGCAUGCUCCUUCGGGUUGCCAAAGCAUCACUAGCAGAGGGGCCACCUUCUACAUUUUCAACAUUCCACAAGCAUAGAAAUGUACCCUUUCUGUUCUUCCAGCUCUAGGUUAUCAGUAAUACUCUGGCUUGUUGUACUUUCUAGUCCUCGCUCCUGAAUGUGAGCUCCAGAGGCCAGUGCUUGUCUUGCUCAGUUGUCCACCAUGCGUCUCUAUCGGUGGCUGGCAUAUAGCAGUUUCUCAAAUAUUUCCCAAGUGAAUAACUAAAACAGCCCUCAUGUUUCUUAGCACAUUAAAGUUGAGGGACCCCUCUGUACUCCACAGUGGUUCCCAGCUCCGGCUGUACAUUAUGGUCACCAGAGGGCUGUAAGAACUCUUAAUGGCAGGGCUCUACCUUGUUCACUUAAGUGAGAACUUUGCCUGAGACCUGGAUAUACGCAUGCAGAAACCUUCCCAGGGCUGGCAACAGCUGGGAAAAGUUACCAGGCAGAGAGGUGAAGCCACCUAUGUGAGCAAUCAACCACCAGUCAGGCCACCCAGAAAUCUGCAUCCUAAGUCCCAGCCUCUGUCACCUCAGCACCAGAUGUUCUGCCAGCAUUGGGUGGUUUUCUUCAUGGGUACCUGGACAAGCAGACCCAGCCCAACCAUUCCUGUCCAAGCUUCUCAUUCAUCUGAGCCUAAGUCCAGUGCCAGGUAUGAGAGGUGGCAGAAAGGAGCCAUUUGGAGGGAGGCUUUCUGGUCUCAGCUGUGGCAGACCAGGGCUGCCUUCACCGUAACAGGCACUUUGCUCCAGUCCUGCCCAGGAGGCAGCCAAACCACAACAGGUUGCUAGGCCAUGAAGCACCUGCCAUAGGACUAUGCAUGCUUUUUUUUUACUCUUCCUCAUCCAGCCCCAGGAGCAUUUAGCAGUUGAGGUAGAAUAUGCCUGCCUUUGGAUGGCACAAGAUCUUGAAACACUUCUAGGUCCAUCUGCUCUCACUCAACUUGUAUCCCAUUGUUAUUUACUGUUUUUAGUCAACUUUAUUGAGGCAUAGUUUACAUAUCAGUGAAUCCAAUUUUAUGAGUUUUGGCAAAAAUUUAUCUCUACCACCACAAGACUUAGAAAAAUGCCUAUUUCCUCCCACAGAAGGCUCUUCCUUGCCCCUUGGCAAAGAGCCCUUCCCACCUUGACCCCAAGCAGCUUAGUAUCUGCCUUUCACCUGCACAAGAAUUUCAUGUAAAUGGAAUCAUGGUGUGUACUCUCUUGUGUCUGGCUUUUUCAGUAUAGUAGCUCAAAAAUUAAUCCAUGUCAUUGUCUGUAUAAGAGGUUUGUUUGCUAAGCAGUGUUCCAUUGUAUGUUUGUAUUUCACAUUGUUUAUUCACCAUCAAUAAAUGGAUAUUUUGUAUGUUUCCUACUUGGGUCUAUUAUAAUAAACUACUAUAAAAGUUCUGUUUAAGCCUUUGUGUGGACAUAACCUUUUUAUUUCCCUUGGAUAAAUACACAGACAUGGAACUGCUGGCUCUAUAUACUGUCUGAUUUUAUAAUAAGCUGACAGGCUCUUUCCAAAGUAACUGUAGGAGUACAAUGCAUGAGGGUUCCAGUUGCUCCAUAUCUUCACUAGUAUUUGAUGAUGGCCUUUUUUGUCACUCUAGUUGGUGUAUAAUGUUGUUAUACUUGGCUAAUUACUUGCAUUUCCCUGCUGACUGCUGAUACUGAGCAUCUUUUUGUGUGCAUAUUUGCCAUUCUUACAUCUUUUAUGAAAUGUUUCUUCAAAUCUUUGUCACAAUAAAAAAAAUGGUCUUUUCAAGUUGGAAAAUUUCUUCAUAUAUUCUGGAUACAAAUCUUUUAUCAAAUAUAUGAAUGUUUCCUCCCAGUUUCUGGCUUGCUGUUUUGCUUUCUUAAGUAUAUUCAAAGAAGAUGUUUUCAAAUUUGAUAGAGUGCACUUAUCAGAGGUUUUUCCUCUUACAGUUUGUUUUGUGUCUUAUAUAAAACAUCUUUCUAGCCAGAUUUCUCCGAUUUUCUGCCAGAAGUUUUAUAGUUUUAACUUUUCCAUUUAGGACUGAUGUGGUUUUUUAAAUUAAAUUUUGUGUAUUGUGCGAGAUAAGGGUCAACUUUUCUACCUGUAAAUAUCCCAUUCUCACUGUAGCAUUUCUAGAAAGACCAUAUUCCCCCCACUCCACCCUCAUUGAAUUCCUUGGCGUCUUUGUUGAAAAUGA